UUUUAUUUAAAUUUUAUUUUUACAUAAAUAUUUUUCAUAACAUGUACCAUUAUCAUCACAGACAUCCACUGGAGUCAGACCAGAAAGACAUGUAUAUCUCAGAAUUAAAAGCUGAGAACUUCGAGCUCAGACACAGAAAUGGCUACUACUACGAUAUCAAAGACAAGAUCACCUCUACCGAACACGAGAUAGCUAUUGUCAAUGACGAUAGAAGAAGGAUUGAGGAAGAGAUGAGACACAGGAAACAUGAAGACGAGACAGUCAUCAGAGACAUCCAAGUUGAUAAUGACAACCUUAGAGGUACAAUUUCAGCUAGAGAUGCAGAAAUAGAAGAUUUGAAAGCCCAAAUAGAAGCUCUAAGAAGACAAGACGGAGACUUGACUAUUGAGAUUUCAACCUUUACUAAAGAGAAUGAAGGGUUGAGAAGAGAUAUCGAUGGCCUUGAGCACCAGCUUGGAGACGAGAGAGGUCUAGGCAGGAAGCUUAGAGCUGACCUUGAUGCUGCCAAGUCAUCUAAUAUUAUUAAAGAUGAUGAAAAUAAAGCUGCUUUCCAAACUAUCUCUAUUCUUGAAGAAGAUUUGAAUAGAAACAAAGCUAAUGAAGGUGACCUUGGUAGAAUUUUGGCAGAUAAAAAUGCUGAACUUGCUGAUAAGAAUGCCAGACUCAAUGCUUUGGACAAUGAAGUAGCUAAACUCAGAGCAGAUAUUGAUGCUAGAGAUAGAGAAGCUAGCGAUCUCAACCAUAGAUAUGGAGUUCAGUUAGACUCAACUAACAGAGAAAGAUGAGAGUUAGACAGACAAAUUUCUAGAAACGCUGACUUAGAAGCUACUGUUAGAAGACUUGAAGAUGAGCUUAGUCUUCUUGAGAAAGACAUUGCUGUUGUCAGAGAAGAUGCUGAGAGAUUAAGAAGAAUCUUUGAAGAUGCUGAUAUGGCUAACAAGGGGCUUGAAGAUGAACUCAACGCCUUGAACAGACAUGCUCAACUUCUCGAGAGUCAAAAUGUUGACUUGACUAAGGAGCUUGACAACAUUAUCAUCACUGACGAAAGAGUCAGAGCUGACUUAGAUAGAAGACACAGAGUUGCUGAAUUACAGCAUAGAAAUGAUGAAGAAAUCAGAGAAUCUAUCAACAGAUUAAGAUACACAAGAUCCAUCAGCCCUCACAGAAGCAUUUCUCCUUGCAGAAGAAGCUGUAGCCCUUACCGUUGCUAAGUUUUACCAUGAUCUAAGAUAU